ACUACUGCAUAUUUUAAAUAAAAAAAAACAUGGCUCAAUCCAUUAUAGACUUCAGUGCUUCAUCUACACGGGACUCUGAUGAAGUACAGGAAAUGUUUUGUGAACAUUGUGAUAAACAUGACAAGCAAUAUGUUCCUGCUGAAGGAUUUUGUGAAGAGUGUUUCGAGUACUUGUGUGGGACCUGCCUUAAAUUCCAUAAAAGAUAUAUGGUCUCUCAUACCAUUAAGGAUAAGGAUAACAUGCCACAGGAUUUCUGUCUGGAGAAAUGUUCUGUUCAUCAAGAUGAAUUAAUCAAGUUUUAUUGUCAAGCUUGCAAGAAAUUUGCCUGUACUGAAUGCAAGACUCAAGUCCAUGGGAACUGUAGUAUGGUCAGCCAUUUGCCAGUCCUUGUUCCAGGGAUUGAAAACAGCCAAGAAAUUAAAGAACUCACUGAAAAUCUUGAUAUCUUUAUGAAAGAUUUGGAAAAUACAGAAAAACAUUUGAAAAUUAACAUGAAAUAUGUCGCUUUACAAGAAACAAAGAUAUUAGAUACAGUCAAGAAAAAAAAGAAAGAAAUAUUGUCAGUGUUUGACAAACAUCAGAGAGAUAUAAUUCAAAACUUUGAGAAGAAAAUAGAAGAAACCUUACAAAAUCUUAAAGAAGAGAAAAAAGAGAAAAUUGACAAAUUACAAAAAAAUCAGAGGAAGUUAGAAAAGUUAUUAAAUGAUGAGGAAAAUGAAAUUAAGAGGAAAAUUGAAAUCAUAAAAAAGAAGGACAAGAAAGUUUUGCAGACAAUCAUUGAAGAAACCUCCAAAAUGAAAACAAAACUAAACAGCAUAUCAACAAAGCUGGCUCAUCAUCAAAGUACAGAUCGAAGAUGUCAACUCUUUGUUGCUAUGAAGAAGGGGCAAGAAAUCAUUGAACAAAUGAAACCAGAUGCAGAUAAACAAUGUAAAAAUAAUUCAAUUCAUUAUUACAAAGUUGAAUGCAAAGCUUCUGAACAAAAUAUAACCAAUUUACAAGACUGUGACAAAUUUUUCAUCUAUCAAGAAAAACAUGAGUCUGAAGUACCAAGAACUGCAAGUUAUUACAUAGAUAUUAAAUCCACAUGUGAUUUCCUGUCAUCUUUAUGCUUGUUAAAAAAAGACUGUCUUCUUAUAUGUAACAAUAAUUAUUCAAAACUAAUUAUAUUCAAGGAUAUGGCGGUCAGUACUACAACAUACAAUACAAUAGACCUGCCUUCAAACCCUCAGGCUGUUGCUAAAGUUGACAAUAACAAAGUUGCUAUUACAUUUUCUGACCUUGGAAUAAUAAAACUGAUAACAUUUUCUAAGUGUAUUACAGUGACCAACACUGAAGACAUAAAAGUAGGAGUAGACUGUCGUGGUGUUGCCUAUAGUAACAACAAGCUUAUAGUGUCUUACACAACCAGACCAGCAACAGUGAAGAUACUUGAUAUGUCUGGUAAAGUAUUGAAAACAUUUGGCAAAGAUCAUAAUGGGAAAUAUUUAUUUGCUCAUCCUCAUUACUUAACAAUCAGUGCAAACAACACAGUUAUAUAUGUAUCUGACUUGGGGAACAACUGUGUGAUAGGUUUAACCUUUGAUGGGAAAGUCAAGGCCAUUUACAAGGAUGACCAGUUGUUAUGGCCACAUCAACUGACUGUAGAUAGGUCUGGAGCAGUGUUUGUAUGUGGAAGUUUGUCACACAAUAUACAUCAAUUAUCAUCUGACCUGACCAAGGUGAAGAUUGUAACGGAUGAAGAACAAGGAAUAAAAAGUCCAGCAGGUGUAGCAUACUGCCAGAAUAAUAACAGAUUGUAUGUGAGUCACAGUGCUGAUCACAUUAAAGUGUAUGAUUUAUCACUGGAAUAAAACUAU